GUUUGGAGUGAUGAACAGUCCAAAAUGGUUUGUAACACCAAGCAGCCUGGUUGUGAGAACGUCUGCUACGACUACGCCUUCCCAAUCUCACACAUUCGCUUCUGGGUGCUCCAGAUUAUUUUCGUCUCAACACCAACCCUGCUCUACCUCGGUCACGUCAUCCACGUCGUUCACAAAGAGAAAAAGCUACGAGAAUUCAUCGAAACCCACUCUAGCUCCGAAGUUGUUAAAGUUCCCAAGUACACUGACGAGAAAGGCAAAGUCAAGAUUAAAGGCAACCUGCUGGGAAACUACAUAACCUCCAUUAUAUUCAGGAUCCUUCUAGAGAUCGCCUUCAUCGUGGGGCAGUAUUACCUCUACGGGUUUGUCAUGGAGCCACUCAUUGUCUGCUCCCGAAAGCCGUGUCCCUUCACCGUGGAGUGCUACAUGUCUCGGCCCACUGAGAAAACCAUCUUCAUCAUCUUCAUGUUGGUGGUGGCCUGUGUGUCUCUGGGGCUCAAUGUGGUCGAGAUCUUCUUCCUGRUGUGUUCACGAUCAUCCAGACGGAAAUCUAAAACGGUGCCGACGACGGCCAUCGCCAUUCACCCUCGUUUCACCACUGACAGCAUGAUGAAAAACGAGAAGCUCAGCCGUCACGACUCCAGCACAGCCUGAAGAAUUUACAUCUGUCCUACAAAAUACCAAGAGCCGUACUUUUAACAAGAAGGGUUAACUCACUGAGUCAGAUAUGCUACAUGUAAUGGCCUGUGUACAGCUAAAAGUUAUUUAUUUAUAAGGUGUGAAACUUCUAAAAUAAAAAACAGGUAUUUGACGUCAAGGGUUGAUUAGAAAUUUUGCUUGAUUUUCACUUUUUAGUGACAAGAAAAUGUAGUGAGAAAAAUGUAGGAUUUCCAUGGUUUCAUUUUGUUACUUGUUUUGUGUUUUGUACAUAGCCUAUUACCUGUUUAAGAUACUGUUUUCCCAAAUAAACAUGAAGACAAUA